AUGGCAGAGAUUGUGGGCCUAGCUUUAGCUAUCCCAGGAUUAGUCCAACCAAUAUUAAGCCUCAUCGGCGAGAUAUCGGCUCUGGUGGGCAAUAGCAAACGCUUUGCGUCUGAUGCGGGAGUCUUGCGAAUUCGGCUGAAGGAUGAGGAGCAAAGAAUGAAAGCAUGUAUUUCGUUCCUUUUUGGGCAAACGCCGGCCAUCGAUGGGGGCAUCUUUAAAACUCUUCCACCUACAACCCAGAGCCAUACACUUUCCAUGAUCAUACAGCUUUUUACCAGGCUGAAAGAGUAUACCAGUCUUGAAGCGAAGUACAACUUGACUACACUCGACUCUGCUACCGGUUUUGACUUGGAUACCUUCUUGCGAGGCACUUCUCUCGUCCCGGAAGACCCACAGGUGCAGGGUUUGCAGUCGAACAGCGGUUGGUUAAGAAAGCUCCAGUGGUCAACAUCCGGAAAGAGGCGUCUGGAAGGGCUGAUUGAGGACCUUGGGGGCUGGAACGAUAGAAUUAGGCGCGUUAUCGAAGAUGUCAUAUGGAUGAGUCUUUUGACGGCCUCCCAAGUACACAGUGUUGCCGAAAACCCUGAUACAAAGACACUCGGCUUGGGACCAAGUGCAAAGAUGAGGAAGUUGAUACUGAGUGGUGACGCUGCAACGGACUUAUUUAUUCCCUAUCACAAAGUCAAAAACCAAGUCACAGGGCCUGGAGGAGGCUCUGGAAGCCAGCGGAUGGCCGAGAUAGAUAACAGUCCAGUUCUUUUGGAGUACAAAGACUACGAGCCAGACAACAAUGGCAACAUUCCCGAUAUUACCAUUAGACAAGUUCGCCAAUUGACCACCCUUCUUUACAGCCAGGAGGAUGCAGGCUUCAGAGUCCUCCCGUGCAGAGGAUACAUCAAUGAUCGUGCAGGGUCAAGAUUGGGAUUUGUUUAUGAUGUACCAUCUGGAGCACUACCGAAACCAUUGACACUUGAGUCAGCACUCAACUUGAGCACUUCUAGAUCAAAGAAACCAUCAGUAACUACUCGUCUAAAGCUAGCAUACAACCUUGCAGAGUCUCUUUACCUGUUACAUACAGUUGGAUGGGUGCACAAAAACCUGAACAGUGAGAAUAUUGUCUUUUUUACGCCAGAAAACAGUUCUGCCGGUUCUUCCGGGAGCAUUUACGAAGCACCAUGGAUUGUAGGCUUCGAAUAUAGUCGUCAGGAGUCAGACUUUUCUAGUAACCGGAUGGAAGAUCGUAUAGAGAAAAAUAUAUAUCGCCACUGGGAACGCUGGGGAAAACCAACUGCUCGCUCUGCAAAGAUACACGACAUAUAUGCUCUAGGUGUGAUUUUUCUCGAGAUCGGACUCUGGGCAAGCGCAAAAACACUAUCGAGAGAUGGCUUCCAAUCCCACAGUUCUGAUCGUGAAUACGUCAGAGAUGCACUACGGAAGUCGGCCCAAGGUAAGUUAGGAUUCGCAAUGGGCGAAAGAUAUGAGAAUUUGGUUUUGUUGUGCUUGGAAGGCAGAGAAGAAAGGUUUGGGGUGCAGAACGACGACAAGUUGGAUACUCAGUUGCAGAAAGAGUUUCGAGAGAGGAUUAUCGAAGUAUUAAAGCUUGCAAGUGAAUGCGUCUAG